AGUAAAAGAACUGCGCAAAAUGUCAACGGUCGAGGAACAAUCAGCGGAUAACAAGGCCGGAGAAGACCUGGGCGAUGACGGGUAUGUGGAUAUGACGUUCACAAAGGAACUGCGGAAAGCAACAAAAGAUGUGCAUAAUCUGACCGACGUUCUGGUAAAUGCAAAAUUCGCCUUCGCCCUUUCGGACGAUGAAGUUUGGUACGAUGGCCUUUUAGCUUUCUACGAGCUAUACAAGUUCUUUGAGACCCGUCUGCCGGAGCGCUUGUUGCCAAAGGAGCUGCAUAGAGCCGAGGCAUUCGAAAGGGACUUUGCCUAUUUCUACGGUGCCAACUGGAAGGACACAUAUGAGCCGCGGCCCGUUGUCAAGAAAUAUCUAGAACACCUGGAGAAGGUGUCGGCCCAGAACGAGCUCCUUCUCUUUGCCUAUGCGUAUCAAAUGUACAUGGCACUGAUGUCAGGCGGCCAAAUGCUGCAAAAGAAGCGAAUGAUUGCACGCAAGCUGUGGAUUUUACCCAAGGGUGACAAGGAGGAGCAACAGAAGCAGGCUGAGGCAGAUGCCGAGGUAGCUACUGCAAAUGCUGCCUCCAUUGGUAUGGAUAAGGAAGACUUGGAGGCGCGCCCAAUGCCAGCUCAGGUCACGAUUUGUCCACCUGGCUGUGAGGCCACAUACUUUCCAGUCAAAAUUAAUGUACUGAAGGCAAAGCUACGGCGCGUGUUUAACAGCCAGUAUGGCUCUUUUGAUGACGAGUUGCGGGCUGCAUUUAUAGAAGAGAGUCGGAAUGUGUUCCGCCUCAAUCUAGAAGUGGUUCGUACAAUUAAAGGCGUGAAUCGAGCUAAUCUGAAGAAGCUGGCUAUAGCAGCUAUCUUUAUAUCAAGCAUAUAUUUGGCCAUCAAGUUUGCUACUAAGUAGGGCGAAGUCUUACCUGCUUUUGCUUCUGCUGCUGAUAUUUUAGUAUUGUGAUCAUCAGAUAUAAAAAGUAUAUAAUAUCUAAUAUCUUGUUUCUGUAGUAAAUAUUAAUAUUGAA